AUGGUACCUCCUUGUUUGUUUGCUAAUGGCCCCUAUAAGAAGAGUAAGAGUAGGAGGGAUGCUAAGAUCUGUCCCAACUGCAAAAGCACAAUUAUUAAUGAACCUGUGGAACCCAUUGUGAGACUCACAAAAUUGAAGUUCAAGCCUGAGUACUGGGAGUACAGUGAUUACCAUCACUUCUUGAAUGCUGCGGAGAAUAAAGUUUUGAAGAAGAAGAUUAAUAUGUGGAUGCCAUGGCAAACUGAUCACCUUCCUCCGGCGGGGCACAUCUGCAUUGGUUCCUCUCAUGGAUGGCUUGCCUAUAUCCUCCGGAACAAUUGCUCCCUCUAUCUCUACAAUCCCUUUAUCGAAUCCUCCUCCAUGGCCUACCUCCCCCUCCCUCCCAUCGAAACCCUCCCUCCAAUUAUCUCAAGCCGCAGACGGCUCAACAUUGAUUCCACCUCUUCUUCCUCUUCCAUUGUUACAGAGUUCAUGAUAUGGAAACAUAUGUCACUCGUUUCGGCUCUAGAUGUGAGUCACAAUUUCUUUAGGAAGGUCGUUAUGUCCUCAGCCCCAUCCCCAUUUGGUGCUGAUCAAGACUCUCGCUGCACAGUUAUGGCCAUCUACGGCCAAGAGGACCCACAACGACUUGCCUUCUGCAGAAUUGGGGAUACUUCAUGGACUGCACUGAAUUCUCCGUUAACAGACUCCUAUGUAGAUCUCUUGUAUUUCAGCAAGACACAACUUUUUUAUGCUUUGACCCACAAUGGGUAUGUAGAAUCUUGGAAUCUCAGCGACCCUUCUUCUCCAGAGAGAUCUCUUGCAAUUUCUACUAUGCCUCCAAAAUUGCAACCGACAAUGAAUAAUCACCAGCAGAGUGUGAGAUCUCAUGAUUAUGCUCAUACUACAAUGUAUUUAGCGGAAUCUUCAGAGGAAUUGGUGAUGGUUCUGAGGCACAAAUGUUUUAACCGUGGUGUCUUCCCCUUUUCUGUAGUUGCGAAAGAAAACACAGCUGCAUUUGAUGUGUAUAAGCUGGACUUUGUUGAGAACAAAUGGGUAUAUGUUCCGAGCUUAUGCGAUCGGCUAUUGUUUAUUGGCCAAAAUCACUCGGUUUCUCUUUCUGCUAAUGAUUUCCCGGGGUUGAGAAAGAAUUCUAUUUACUUUGCUCCCGAAAAUGUUGGCAGCGAUUCUGAUGGAGCCCCUGAAGGAUGUAAUGAUUUGGGGGUCUUUAACUUGGAAGAUGACAGCCUUCAACGGUUAGACCUCGAGUAUAUGGAACCUUCUCCUAUUUGGGUUGUCCCUCAGAUUUGA